AUGGCGCCCGGACCCGACUCGCAACCGAGACGGCGGGGGCCCAACCCCGAAGGAGUAGAUAAGGUAGCUGAGCCCCCUAUUAGUAGGGGCUCAGAGAUUAUUGCGGCAACGCCCCUACUCGGCAAUGGACGUACCAUUCGAAGGGGCCACGACGCGUUCGCGCUCCCAGAACCAUCGGGAGACGAGAGGCACGCCCAACACCAGCCUAGCGCUAGCGAGGACCUCCACGGCAACCAGGAUGGAAGCCCUGACGGAUCGGAACUCUCCACCCUAACUGAGGUCCCGUUCGACUUGGGUGAUCGGGUGGACGAGACCCGCCGCGAGGCUGACCACCUAGAACGCGAGGUGCGUGUCGCCCGGCUCCGGAAGCGAGCCGCUGUGGAAUUGCGAAUCGCAGAACUAGAGGUCCAGGAACGACGGAAGCGCGCGCUCCAACAGGAGCUGCGCGAACUACAGGAAGACUGGACGCUAACGGGGGACCGGAAGCGGCGCGCGAGCAAGGGCCACGACGGCUACAACCAAGGGAGAGCUUUCCUCGAGAUAGGGAGCGUCGUGGGCGAGUCGGCUGCGAGCCACGACCGGGGCCCCCGCAGAGCGCCGAAGUUCCGCGAUCUAGCAACCUUCCAGGGGAAGAGCCUGCGGGAGGCGCAGGUCUUCGCCGCUGGGGCAGACCACCGGUUCCGUAUCGACGCGGGGUCGCAGUACCCCACGGACCAGAAUAAGAUUGACUACUGCGUCCUCGCCUUCGGACCAGCGCCGGCAGCGAAGUGGGAGCGCCACGAGCGCCGCGAAGGGCUAGGGAACACCACCUAG